AUGACAUCUAGCAACAUUUCAAUAUGUGCCACUGAAGAUCAAAUGGUCCUGCAAACAUCUCUUCUUCUACGUGUCAAUGUUAUUCUGAUGACUACUGUAGCCAUAUUCACUUUUGUUCUCACCUAUCGAGCAUUAUUCAUUCUAAAACAACGCCCAAUUUUCCACAAGUCGACCAAAAUCUUACUAUACACAAGUUUGAUUUUUGUUAACAUCCAUGAGAUUAUUUUUAUGGUUAUUCAGUGUGUCGCAUUUAUAAGAAGUUUCACAUUGAGCGAUAAGCCUUGUGAAAUAAUGAGAACAACGUUGGAAUGCCGGUUUAAGAAUCAUGUUCUGAUUUUUGGAAUCGCAGGAAUGAACUUCAACCAGUUCGGGUUGACUGUGGAUAGAUUAUUAGCAACAGUGAUUCCACAAACAUACUCUCAUCUUGGAUCCUUUCCUGGUAUCCUGAUUUCAAUAUUAGUGAUCGGAUGUAGCAUUGCAGCUCCAUUGAUAAUUGCGAUCGGAGAUCCCUACGAUGAUAUCGUUCCUAAUUGUUUCUUUUUCCCGCAGCAUUCUGCUCCAAGAGCCAACGUCUUCUUAAUUAUUCUCAGUGCUCUUGUCAUUGCAAGCAUUUUCUUAAACUUAAUUAUCAUUUUUGCUAACAAAAAGUUAGAGAAAGGUACUCGUUACUAUGUAUCCCAGAGAUAUCAGAAGAGAGAGGCCCUAAUUUCUACAAGAAUUAUUGUCUAUAUUGCCGCAUCUCAGUUCCUAGGAAUGGUCCUGUAUUCAACAAUUGUUUUGACUCUGAGACUUCAUAAAUCAAUGAUUCCGGUCUCUAUGUACCAUAAUAUUGUUUGGUGGGCCUAUACAGUACCAUUUGCAGCAGUUGCUCUGCCAGCUCUCCUAAUUCACCGUAUCAAUUUAGUGGGUUCGAAUCGGAAACGUGUCAUAAAUCGGAUAACGGCAAAAGUGGAAACUCAAGAAGAACAUAUGAAAUCGCUGAAAGAAUUGUGGGGUUAG